UACAUACAUAACUGCGCGCCAACGAAAUCUUCAUUUAUUCAUAUCAAUUCUUCUAUACAAUAAAGUUCUGCAUUUAUUUCAUUUAUCCUGAACAAAAUAUAAAACCACACGAUGGGAAUUUUGGGAUUAGCGAAAUUGAUAGCAGAUAUUGCACCGUCCGCAAUAAGGGAAAAUGAAAUCAAAAACUACUUUGGACGUAAAGUGGCUAUUGAUGCAUCGAUGUGUCUCUAUCAGUUUCUAAUUGCCGUUCGUUCUGAUGGCGCCCAACUAACAACAGUGGAUGGCGAACCUACCUCACAUUUAAUGGGUAUGUUUUAUCGAACUAUACGAAUGUUGGAGCACGGCAUUAAGCCGGUAUAUGUGUUUGAUGGUAAGCCACCAGAUCUAAAAUCUGGUGAAUUGGCUAAACGCGCUGAGCGCCGUGAAGAAGCACAAAAGGCCUUGGAGAAAGCCGAAGAAGCCGGCAAUGCAGAAGAGGUGGAAAAAUUCAAUCGCCGUUUGGUGCGUGUAACUAAAGAGCAUGCGCGUGAAGCGCAGGAAUUGCUUAAAUUAAUGGGUGUGCCAUAUGUAGAGGCACCCUGUGAGGCUGAAGCGCAAUGUGCGGCUCUUGUAAAGGCGGGCAAAGUUUAUGCCACCGCUACCGAGGAUAUGGAUGCACUUACUUUUGGCUCAAGUGUGCUGUUGCGUCAUUUGACUUUUAGCGAGGCGCGAAAAAUGCCAGUUAAAGAGUUUAGCUAUGAUAAAGUGCUGCAAGGUUUUGAAUUGACCAGCACUGAGUUCAUAGAUCUUUGCAUACUGUUGGGUUGUGAUUACUGCGAAGGUAUAAAAGGUAUUGGACCAAAACGUGCAAUUGAAUUAAUUAAUACUUAUCGCGAUAUUGAGACAAUACUCAAAAAUAUUGAUCAAAAGAAAUACACUGUAGCAGAAGAUUGGAAUUAUCAAGUUGCGCGUGAGCUUUUUAUAAAACCCGAAGUAACAGAUCCUCUGGCUAUUGAGCUCAAAUGGACAGAACCAGAUGAGGAAGGUCUGGUAAAAUUUCUCUGUGGCGAUCGACAAUUCAAUGAGGAUCGUGUGCGCGCGGGCGCAAAAAAAAUACAAAAAUCAAAGAAUACACAAACCCAAGGGCGUUUAGACAGUUUCUUUAAGACUAUACCGUCUGCGAAUAAACCCACAACUAAGCGUAAAACAGAGGAUGAUAAAAAGACUGCCAACAAGAAAGCAAAGACCGGUGGCGCCGCACGUGGCAGACGCCCCAAGUAAGAUUGUUGUUGAAAUUGUAGUGAGUUGAAUUUAAUAACUGACUAUAAAUAGCGAAUAAGCCUGUUUAGUAAUUUAAGUAUAUUUUUGAAAACAUCGGCGUUCCAUGUUAAAAUUAAAACAUUGUUAAAAUUCUUCAUCUAUGUAUGUAUGUAUGUCUAAUAUUUUUAUUUGUUUACUAAUUAGUAAUAACACCCAAUGAAAUUGUCGCAAAUACAGUUUAUUAAUUAUAAUAUUUUAAAACUUACUUUUUAACUAUUUGAUAUUACAACAAUAUUUUACAAUUAAGUUAAGUCUGUAUAUUUUGUGUCGACGUAGAAAACUGCUUACAGCUACAAGUACGGCUAUGACUUAAAUUACAUGUUUCGUAAAGAAUGGAAUAAAAUAAAAUUAGAGGCCAAUUAUGAAAA